AACCCAUUUCCGAAGUCAAACUUCAUCCCAUAUUCAUUCAAAAUACUCGUGCACCGUCUCCCUUUAAUUUCUUCGUUAUGCUCGCCUUCCGAAGCAGCGGCAGGGCUGUUUUCUGCUCCUCGAGAACAGUUCUGGGCCGACGCCAUGGUGCUACCUUGACCGACGCUCAGAAGGGUAAAGCAGCUCCUCCGAAUGCCCCAGACGGCCAGGAGAUCCAUCACUUUACACCGCCGCCCGAAUAUCCCGAAGAGUGUAGGUCCCACCGGAAAGGGCCUGUUGAUGUAUUUGAGUUAGAUAUUGAUUAAUGUUUCACCAGCCUUUGGAAAAGGGUUCUAUCUCUCGAUUGCGGCAGUUGUCGGUACGAUCGCUCUCUACAAACUCGAACAAAGCAUCUCCGGUAGUGACCGAUCUCCCCUCACCCGAGCUAUCGAAUACUAUUCGGAUGUUCAAGACCUUUGGGAGAAGAGAAACGCUCGGCGUACUGUGCUUAUAGAGAGAGCUGCGGCCGAUCGAACCUUGUUCUUGAACUCUGAGCCUAAUAAGACCGUCCAGGUCAAAUUCCCCGAGUACAUCCUCUUUCCUGAUCCUGUGGUGCACCAUUCACAUAGUCUAGUCUAACAGAGGCGCAGGAUGCUGAACAAUUUCAGCCCUCGUAAUAACGAGAUCGGUUGGACGCACUCGGUUGAUCUUUCGACACUCCGCGAGCACUACGAAUCGCAACGUGGGAAACGGUAG